AUGGAACACCACGAAAGAACGCAGAUUCUCCAGGUUCGCACUCAGCGAUGGGAAGUUCACAAUCCGUCCGUCGGCAGCCAUAGCAUUACCAAUGUCGAACAACGUCUGGGCGCAUCUGCACCGGUUCUCCAUGUCAGCGCAGUAUCCCUCACUGUAGACCUCCCUGGAAAUGGCCUGCAGAGUGGGGAAGUCGAUGAUGGUGUCGACCUUCGGGUUGCACACCUCAAGUUCCCACUCCCUAUCGAAUCUGUAGAAAAUCCAGGCAUGAGGAAUGACUUCGUUCCUUAUCAGCCAGUCAGUCGAAGGCUCCACGGUAUGCACAGCAGGGAAGAACGCCGUCAUAUUGGGAAACAGGCCGCGCAGAAUGCCCUCGGCGCUCUGAAUCGUGCGUCCCACGUCGCUGGAGCGAGUGUAUGA